UAACAAUACAUUUAUUUAACAAUCGCAAUUUCCAAAACCAACCUUUAAUGUCAACCAGGCGACUUUGAUCUUCCAUGGAAUGAAAAGUCUCCUUUGUCAAGAAAGACUUUGGCUUUUCGCGAAUAGAAACGGCAUUUUUUGACGCUGGAUUAUAUUUUUUUUAUUUAUGAAAGCUGGAUUGUAUUUCUCUCCUCUCUGUACUUGUACUUCCUUUCCUCCAUUGGAGUUCCGGACUUCCGGUGGACCGUGUUCUUCAACAAUCAACGCUGAACUUUCUCCAUCCUGACCGAUCACUGGUCGCGGUUCAUUAGAGGCAGAGAUAUGACGAAGGCAUUCCCUUCUACUUCAUCGUGGCCUUCCUCCGCCGCUAACCAUGGCAGACACGAGGUGUUCGUGAGCUUCAGAGGUGAAGACACUCGUAGGGGAUUCACCAGCCAUCUCUGCGACGCUCUCUCUGACAAGCUAGGGAUUUCGCUCGUCUACAAGGACGAGUUCAGCCUCGAGAAAGGCGCAUCCAUUGCGCCGGAGCUUUUGAAGGCGAUCGAGCGAUCCAGAAUUGCGGUCGUGGUGCUGUCCAAGAACUAUGCUUCCUCCACCUGGUGUCUGGACGAGCUGGUUCACAUUCUCCAUUGCUGGAGGGAGAAUGAGCUAAGAGUCGUUCCGGUUUUCUACGACGUGGAGCCUUCGGAUGUCAGGAAGCAGAAGAACGGAAGCAGCUUCGGUGAAGCUUUCGCUACACACGAUCGAGUUUUCGACGGUGAUGAAAAGGUCCGUAGAUGGAAAGAUGCUUUGACGGAAGUCGCUAAUCUCUCUGGAUUCACUACUUCUCGUUACAGAAAUGACUCGGAUAUGAUAAAGGACAUUGUGAGGAAGAUAUGGAGGGAAUUGAGCCCUACAUUUCCAAGCAUCAGCAAGCCUCUGGUUGGAAUUGACAAGCGUGUGGGAGCUGUGAUCAAUUUACUAAGUUUAGACUCAACAGCUAAAAGGAACGAUGUUCGUGUAAUUGGAAUCUGCGGGAUGGGGGGAAGUGGCAAAACCACCGUCGCUAUGGCAGUUUACGACGCAGUUCGUUCUAGAUUUGAGUUCAGCACUUGCAUUGCCCGCGUUCGAGAAGCCUCCAAAAGCUACGGAGGGCUGCUGCAAUUGCAGAAGCAGCUGUUCGAUGAAAUUGCUGGGAAUGCCACAAUAACGAGAGUCGAGUCUUGGCCUGAGUUUGGAGGGAUCGAAAGGCUGAAGAGGGUGUUGAGAGGGAAGAAGCUGCUUCUUGUCGUGGAUGAUGUUACUCACCAAAAACAGCUGCAGUACUUGGCUGUGGAGCGUUCUCUAUUCGGGUUGGGAAGUCGUAUCGUUGUAACAUCCAGAGAUCAACACUUGCUCAAUGCUCACAAGGUGGAUUCCAUGUACAGGACCCAGCUGCUGGACUGUGACGAAGCGCGCUUAUUGAUCAGUCGGGAAGCUUUCGAGCAAGAUGAACCCAUUGAAAACUACAGAGUUGUAUGCGAGCGAAUCGUGAGUUAUGCGCAGGGGCUUCCUCUAGCACUUGAAGUCUUGGGUUCUUCACUUCGUGGGAGGACCGUUACUGAAUGCAGAAGCAUGAUCGAGACGCUGAAGACAGUCCCACCCGGGGAAGUUUUGGAGGUACUUCGAGUGAGUUACGAUGCACUGGACAAAGAAGAGCAGGAUAUUUUUCUGGAUUUUGUGUUCUGCUUCUGUGAUUGGUCUUGGAUGGAUGAGAUAUGCAUGCAUUUCAUCCCUAUUCUUGAGAAUCUCUACACUGGUGCAUUGAUUGGGAUAGGGAACCUUUUCGAUAAGGCACUGUUGAAGAUGGUUGAAGGUGGUAGGUUUGAUAUGCACGAUCUGCUAGAAGAGAUGGGGAAGGCGAUAGUCAGGUUGGAAUGUCCGAAUGAGCCGGGAGAACGCAGUAGAUUCGAGGGGUAUGACGAUGUUUCUCAUGUGCUUGAAAAGGGAACGGGAAGUAAGAAUGUGAAAGCUAUCUCAUUGCAUUUAUAUCCACAUAACCCAAAGAAGAUAGUCUCUAGUAAGGAAGCCUUUUCAAAGAUGAAGAACCUAAAACUACUGGCUUUAAUAGGUGCAGAAAUCUCACAAGGGCCAAAUCAUCUCUCCGAUGAGUUACGAGUUUUGAUCUGGACGUCUUAUCCCUCUGAAUCUUUGCCGCCUACUUUCAACCCUCACAAUCUGUUUGUAUUGCGCUUGAAUGACAGCCACUAUCUAAAGCAACUCUGGCGCGGUAGAAAGAUUAUGCCGUACCUAAGAUGCAUGAUACUUGAUCGUUGCAAGAAUCUGAUUGCGACCCCGGAUUUCAGUGAAAUGCCUAAUCUGGAAGUCUUGCGCCUUGAAGGCUGUGAGUCUCUCUUUGAGGUCCAUCCAUCGUUUGGACAUCUCAAAAGACUCGUCUCUGCUGAUUUAAGAGGGUGCAAGAGCCUGAAGCUUUUCCCUGCUAGUCUCGAGACCAACUCCUUGAGGUUCCUUGGACUGCAAUGGUGCUCAAAGCUAAAGAACUUCCCAGAGAUUACAACCAACAUGGACUUCCUAGCCGAGCUCCAACUAGAAGGCGUUGGAAUCCAGAAACUGGAUUCAACAAUCAAGCACUUGGUUGGCUUGGAAAAAUUGGCGCUUGAUAAUUGCAAAGACCUGAGAAGUCUUCCAAGCAGCCUGGGAUGUUUAACUUCGCUCAAGGUGCUCUCUCUGGAAGGCUGCUAUGAACUGGAAGGAUUGCCUCCUUCACUGAGUCGUUGCGUUGGCCUCCGAGAGCUGUGGGCGAGAGGUUGCGAGAAGCUUCGGUCUUUACCGGAGCUUCCACAGCAGAUUAAACUGGUGCAUGUGAGCUGCUGCCGGAGUUUGGAAGGAAUUCCAGAUAUGAUCGACCUCCGGAAUGGGUUUGAAAUGCAGUGUUUUGACUGCUUCAAGUUGGAUCAACCUGACAGCUUAGCUUGGAAGAGGCUUCAAAGAUACCUCCAGGGCAACCCUCAUGCAAAGGAGAAGUUUACAAUCCUGACUCCAGCAGGAACCAACCAAAAGAUGAAAAUUCCAGAUUGGUUGGUGAGCUACCAAAACCAGGGCAAUCGAGAAACGACACUGUCUCCUGCUGAUGACGACAUCGUCAACUGUGAUCCGCAAUCCAAUUGGAUGGGAACUGUUGCCGUCGUUUGCUUCCAUGCAUGCUACCCUAACGAGCAAGAGCCGUCCUACUACCACGCUUGCUCUUUCCACACGGAUCUCGGGUCAGUGUUUCUGCCACAAUUCAGGCGGGUAACGCCCAAGGCAAGCCACAUCUGGUUGUCCUACGUUCCCAAGGAUUCGUUGCUAUCAGGCACUUUCAGUAAAACCGACGGUUCUGUCUCCGUCGAUAGCGAAUGCUCACACGUCAGAAUACAGUGGUCCCGGUACAUAAAUGUGUAUCGGCAUGAGAUCGAUGAAUGGAAAAAGCAAAGACAAGCAUGACAGAUUAGGAUCAUUGAUAUUUGGAGGGUGUCAGCCUAACCCCACAAAUAUCGCAUGACGAUCUCGUCAGCUUGACCCCACAACAAUGGGGUCCUGGCUCGGGGGCUCUAAUUCGACCUUGGCACGCAUCCAACACUUCCUGGCUCAUGUCGAAUGAAAGAACAGAGCAUUGGCCUAAGAAUUCACUUCUGGUUUCGCGAGACUUCCCGCUGCUGAUGAACAUAAAUGAGGUGUACGUGUACGUAUCACGAGAGGACCAUACUCUCUCUAAUGAGUUGCGAGUUCUUAUAUGGCGUUUUACUCUUCCAAAUCCCCGCCAUUCACUUUCAUCCACUUCCCAUUCUCUGGCAUCUCAGAGUGGCUGUUGAAGCAGAGCAUCGGAUGCAUUGGAGUUUCAUUAGGGACGUCAAUGUUGCCACCAGACGAUGACCCGAGUGGUGGUACUAGUAAUCCAGAUUGGAUACGGACUGUGGAGAUUCUAUGCUUUCAUGUAGUUAGUCGACUUUGAUGAUAUCUACGUCGAAACCCUGUGUCGUGGCUCUUAGGCUUUCUCUACCCAUGUAAAUCUUCGAGUCGUAGAUGUGGAAGAUGCUGGCGAUGAGGGAACUCCUUGGGAGAGUACAUCAAGGAACCCUCUAUUUCGAGAAUUAUAUGAGUUCAGCACACGCUAUGAAUAAUGGCAAAGGAUUUGAAGCAUAUCAAAACUUCUUUUCUUUCUUGUUCUUGUUUGCUUGCAAUUGCAUAAAACAUAUGGAUGGCUGCCAUUUUUGUUGAUUUCUACAUCAUGGCCUCCUUGUUCGCGGUAAAUCGUCUCCCUUUCAAUCUUCAUCUGCGACCUUUUGCUUCUCGUGAUUUGAUUUUAAAAAUUAUGCAAGUUUUAACGUUAGCUGGAGCUAGACCAUGGAAAUCGUGACAGCUAUUGUUGUACUCGGAGAUUUUGUGGGUUCAUACUGUGUGUUUGCUUCAUAAUGUUUGGUUGAUAAUAAUGGACUUUGAGAUCUUCUGGGUUUCAGCUUUGGUUGUCUAAACAGGGAAUCUAACUUUGUGCAAGCAGCAAUUUGGAUGAUUCUGCUGCUCUGCUUUGGCAGGUAUGUCAGUUUUGAUAUGCUUCAACUCCUUUGCCUUCAUUGUUUUUCGACAGUGCAUUCUUGUUUAAAGCUAUAUUAGAUAAUAGACUUGGGGGUCAAGCUAUAUUGAAGAUCUGACAUUAAAUUCCUUAUGUUUCUUUCUCUUUGUGUUCACCAUGACUGUACAGCAUUGCUACUUGCUGCAACUGAUGAGAUUAAGAGACAGUAUCUCGGAUCAGACCCCUUGCAUUUGAAACCAGGAACAGAGCAAUGCAUGACAAUUAUGAAAAGUGCAGAGAAGAGGAAUAGUUCUAAGGUGCAGAGAAUUGGUCGUUUAUGACUAAUGCAAUUUGUUUUUAGUAAUAUUUAAGUGGUUUGUAUUAGAAAAUAAUGUAGUGUGUCCGUUGUAAACUAUCGAUUUAAUAAUAAAUAAAUUGGUUUUAUAAUAUCUUUUUAAUAAUUAAAUUAAUAGUAAAAUUGGAGUAUCCAUAACAAUUUAAUUGGUUGGUAGUAAUGCUUGUUACUGUAUAAUUCGUUAAUUCAAAAAAUAAAUUGGUUGGGAUAAGAGAUUUAUUGCCAAUAUUUUUUCGGUUGUGAUAAGAUCUAAAAAACCAAGAUUUUUGGUUACUUAAGGACGAUUGAUAGGUUCUAAUGAAUAUGGGUGAUGACC